UGUUCGAAUGCGCGGAGUCAGGCUAAUUAAACGGAGAAAAAACAGAAGGAAUCGCAUUGGUUGGCCCAAAAAAAGAGUAGUUGGGCCAAGAUCCACCGCUCUGGACGGCCCAUAUUUACUCAGGCAAAAAGCCCAUUUGUUAAAUUCCCCCCGUUUCCCAUUCUUCCGGCUAUCCGCCUCUGCCAUAGCCGGCCUCUCUUUCCGUCUCUUCUUGUUAAUUUGUCGAUCCUUGCAUUCUCUUGUUCCCGUUUUUAUUUCUUUUCCUUAUUAUUCUUUUCUCAGAAAAAGAAAAACCGAUAGCUGGUACCGUAUAAUUGGAUACUUCAUUAUAGUUUUAUAUUUUCAUUCUUGGUUUUGUAUUUGAUUUUUCCCGGUGAUUCAAACUUGAAUCAGUUUGAGUUGCAGUGUAUUUUGGCAUUCUUUUUGAGUUCAAAUGAUCAAUUUAGUGAGGCAGCUGGGAAAGUAUGUGCUGAAUUCAUUUCCGGCGGCUGGGCUGUAGAAACAACUGGGUAUGCAAUUGGCAAACUGGUGUGAACCCGAAUGCCUAAUUGUGUUGCAGAAAUUGGUUGAAACUUGAGCCUUCAUAAUGGUGGGAUUGCUGAUCAACCGAGGGUUGAAGUUGCAGUCGGUCUCAAGUUGUUGUCGUUUGAUUAGUUCCUUUAAAAGCCUUUCAUACUCAAAUAAUGGACGUACCCAUGGGGAAGGAAUGGGACCUUUUACUCAUGGAGUCAAUCAAGAUGAGUCUCCAGGGAAAGGAGAGGGUAUAUGGCAUGAAGUGGACAGGGUAUGUCAGAUACUGGAUAAUGGUUCUUGGGGUCCUCUGACGGAAAGUGCUCUAUCUGCCUAUAGCGAAAAGGAUCAUUCAGAACUGGUGGUUGGAGUUCUGAGGAGGUUGAAAGAUGCUAAUCAAGCUGUUGAAUACUUCCGAUGGGUAGAGAAGAAGACCAACCAAGCACAUUGUCCUGAGGCAUAUAAUGCACUUCUCAUGGUAAUGGGGAGGACUAGAUGCUUUGAUUAUGUAGAACAAAUCUUGGAAGAGAUGGGACUUGCUGGGUUCGGCCCUUCUAAUACUGCAUGUAUUCAGUUAGUUGAAAGCUAUAUCAAGGCUCAAAAACUGAGAGAAGCAUACGAAUGUGUUCAGACGAUGAGGAAGUUGAAAUUUCGACCUGCAUUUUCUGCUUACACUACAUUAAUUGGGGCUCUGUCUUCUGUCAAUGAAGCUGAACUUAUGCGGAAACUCUUCCUUCAGAUGCAAGACUUAGGUUAUGAAGUAAGUGUCCAUUUGUUUACAACCUUAAUACGGGUAUUUGCAAGGGAUGGUCGAGUCGAUGCUGCUCUUUCUCUUUUGGAUGAAAUGAAAAGUAACUCAUUCACUGUGGACGUCGUUCUGUACAAUGUUUGCAUAAACUGCUUUGGCAAAUUGGGCAAGGUAGACAUGGCAUGGAAGUUCUUUCACGAGAUGAAGGCCAAUGGUUUCGCGCCUGAUGAAGUUACAUACACAAGUAUGAUUGGUGUUCUGUGCCGAGGCAACAGACUAGGUGAUGCUGUAGACCUCUUUGAAGAGAUGGAGCAGAAUAGGGCAGUCCCAUGCGCCUAUGCUUACAAUACAUUGAUCAUGGGAUAUGGAUCGGCUGGAAAGUUUGAUGAAGCAUACAUGUUACUUGAGAGGCAAAGAUCGAGGGGAUCUAUACCUAGCGUGAUUGCAUAUAAUGGUCUACUCACUUGCCUAGGGAAGAAGGGAAAAAUUGAUGAUGCAUUGAGGAUAUUUGACGAGAUGAAAAAGGAUGCUGCACCAAAUCUCACCACUUAUAAUAUCCUCAUUGACAUGCUUUGCAGGGCAGGGCAUCAUGGAGCUGCUUUAGAAGUUAGGGAUGCCAUGAAGUCUGCUGGUUUAUUUCCCAACGUGAGAACCGUGAAUAUAAUGAUAGAUCGGUUGUGUAAGGCUCAAAAACUUGAUGAAGCAUGUACAAUAUUCAAGGAAAUGGACCACAAACUCUGUACACCGGAUGCAAUAACAUUCUGUUCUUUGAUUGAUGGCUUGGGCAGGAAUGGUCGUGUAGAUGAUGCAUACAGACUGUAUGAACAGAUGUUGGACACUGAUCGAGUUCCCGAUGCUGUUGUUUACACAUCCUUGAUUAAAAACUUCUUCAAAUCCGGGAGAAAGGAAGAUGGGCACAAGAUUUACAAAGAAAUGGUUUCUAGGGAUGUUGCCCCUGAUCUUUAUCUCCUGAACACCUACAUGGAUUGUGCUUUUAAAGCUGGUGAAACAGAGAAGGGCAGAGCUUUGUUUCGGGAAAUUGAGGCUCGGGGUUUUAUGCCGGAUGUGCAGAGUUAUUCUAUUCUAAUUCACGGUCUCAUAAAAGCAGGCUUAGCGAAUGAGACUUAUGAAUUAUUCUACACAAUGAAGGAAAAAGGGUAUACUCUGGACACCCUUGCUUAUAACACUGUAAUUGAUGGAUUCUGUAAAGCGGGAAAGGUUAAUAAAGCUUAUCAGUUACUGGAGGAAAUGAGGCUGAAGGGUCAUGAACCUACAGUGGUCACUUAUGGUUCUGUCAUUGAUGGGCUUGCAAAAAUUGAUAGGCUUGAUGAAGCUUACAUGCUGUUUGAAGAAGCUAAAUCCAAAGGUAUCGAAUUGAAUGUGGUGAUUUACAGUAGCCUCAUAGAUGGGUUUGGGAAGGUUGGCAGAAUAGAUGAGGCAUAUCUAAUUAUGGAGGAAAUGAUGCAAAAGGGCCUGAAUCCUAAUGUGUAUACUUGGAAUUGCUUGCUCGAUGCACUAAUCAAGGCAGCAGAAAUAGAUGAAGCUCUCGUCUGCUUCAACUCAAUGAAAAAUUUGAACUGCAGCCCGAACUCAUUCACGUAUAGUGUUGUAAUAAAUGGUCUCUGUAGAGUGCAAAAAUUCAAUAAAGCCUUUGUUUUCUGGCAGGAAAUGCAGAAACUUGGACUGAAACCUAAUUUGAUUACUUAUACCACCAUGAUAUCUGGCCUUGCAAAGGCUGGUAACAUAGUGGAAGCAGAUAGGCUUUUUGAAAGGUUCAAGGCCAAUGGAGGUGUACCUGAUUCUGCUUGUUAUAAUACUAUGAUAGAAGGGUUGAGUAUUUCAAAUAGGGCAAUGGAAGCUUACAAGAUAUUUGAAGAGACUCGAUCAAGAGGAUGUAAUAUAUACACUAAAACUUGUGUUGUUCUUUUAGACGCUUUGCAUAAGGCUGAAUGUCUGGAGCAGGCUGCAAUUGUGGGUGCUGUUUUAAGAGAAACAGCCAAGGCUCAGCAUGCUUCAAGAUCAUUGUAACAACAGAUGUAGCUUAAUGCGGUAAGUAAAUGAUCCUGGUCUGAUUUGUUGCUUGGUUUAUAUUCAGCUCAUUGAUUCCAGUUUUGCUUACAUUUGUGCUGCCGUCCGCCUCCCCUCCGAGAUAAAGUAGGCGGUAAACUUCAGGGGCAAGAGUUGUGGCAUUUGAAAUGUCGCGUGAAUCCCGCCAUGCAAGGUGCAAGUUUAAACUGCUCAGUUUAAAUUUUGCUUCUACUGUGUUUAUCUGGAAAGUAUUAUACGUUAACUUUCCUUUGUCACCAGUUAUCCCUUCAAAUUUUAGGUGGCUCGAUUGUUAAAAACUGCCGAUCAUAUUUUCAGGAAAUCACCCGUGUUUUAGACUUUGUUCAGUGAUGUUAGUUUUCAGAAAAAUUUACUGAAUAUACUUUUAUCAAAUGCAGAUAUUUCUUCAAUGAAGAGUAGUGCCAUUUACGCGAAGUUCGCAAUCCCAAAUCACCCCAUCCGUGAACCUCUAAUGACUUCGUUCUGCUUCUGAUGGGAGUUAUUGAAAAAUGCCUUGAAAUUCUUAUUAUGAGAUAACAAAAAUUGUUGGUGGCUAACCAAAGAGUUGGGAGUUCCUAGGCCCAACAUCCUGAAAACUUUGGAAAGCUUGCAUAAGUUUUUGCUUCAAUAGUCUCAUAGGUCGAAGGAGUCCAACAGAGAUUGGGGCUUGAUCUCGAACUGUGAAUUGUGUAUGAACGGAAUGACUACAUUCAGCCCAGAGUUUUAGUGAAGAAAUUUGCUAUUGGAUUGCUGUGAGGAAGUGGUGCUAGCCCUUAAACGAGGCAUUCGAAAAUGCUGUAUGACGGUAUCUGCAAAGAGAAUCCUGGAUUCCAUGGGCAUUUUUGUUUGAUUAGUUUGGUUUCAAUCCAUCUAAUAUAUAUAGUAGACUGCCAACACUAUUCUUACUGAUGUGAACCGUGAAGAAAAGAUUAAUUCCGAGAUGUUCAGUGUAUGAUUUCCUCCGAAAGCAUUGAUGGCUCGGAGAAAACACCAUUUAGCUUUGAUUCCGUGGUUGCCCGAGGAGGAGUUUCUAUCUAAAGUAAAUACUUUCUUCGGUACAAUGAACGAGGCCAACGCCUUAGGUCUAAAGUAUAUUAGUUGAGACUGAAGCCACUGGACUUUCUGAGGUUAAGAUGACAAAGCAAUGAUGAAGAAACUUAACCUAUUCCAAAUGGAGUGAACUGGUGUCCAGAUUUUCUUUCAACUUUUGAUGAUCAGCAUCAUACUAUGGAUGUUCCAUAGUUGACUCUAAACUCAGUGCUUGAACUAAUUUUUAGAAUGUAAUUUGAUUUUUUUUUUAUCCGUUCACUCGUCACUGUCUUCUAAUUUCACCGUGUAAAGUUUUCUGCCACAGUUUAUUACACCAUC